AUGGAUGUGGUCGCUGGGACGCAGGCCGUGUGUCACAGGUGAGAUCCGGAACACCUGCUCGUCACGUGACAGUCCUGGAUUGCGUGCGCCGCGGAUCUGCUGCAGAGUCUCAGAGUGCAGAGUGUCAGCGUAAACUGAUGAGGGAACAUGAGCUCUCAUGUGUGUUCUCCAGAAGAUGUGCAGCACCAGCAGGUGACCCAGUCCUCCAUCCUCCUCCUGCUUCAGGAGGCCACCAAACUGUCCCCUCCAGCGGCCGGCGAGAGCUGGAGUUCUGGACCGGCACAUAUAGAGAGUCAAGACAGCAGGUCACUCGUCCUCUCCGGCCGUCAAGAGUCUGAGUUCAGCGGCUCUGUCGAGUCUGAGCGCAGCAGCAGCGCAUGGGACGUGAUGCAUCUGAUCAACCAGCAGUGUGAGCGGCUGCUGCAGUCCGGCUGUGAGGACACAGCUCAGGUCAGUCUUGACCCAUCAGACGUCACCGAGACCGUGGUGAUGUCCAGACCUGCAUCUGAGCCCGAGCGUCCCACCGUUCCCCGCAGCAGUGUCCCGUCCAGCGCAUGUUUCUCAGUCAUUUACGAGCUCACAGAUGCAGAGGAACUCAAAGAACCCGGCGAUCUCGCUGAGCUCAUAAAGACACACACAGCGGAUCACAUCAGCGCCAGUGAGGAGACUGAAAACACGUCUGUGCUGCACAUCGAGGGCCGUUCUGAUCAGGAUGAAUCUGUUGUCCUGUCCACAGGAAGUGAUUGUCCUCUUGACUUCACUUCCUGUCUGGUGUCUGAGCGAGUCGCUGAGAGUGAGUGGCUCCCUCUGAACGCUUCUGAAAGCUCACAGUGUUCCUCACAGCUGACAGACCUCAAUAAUAAUCUCUUGGAGAGUGUGAAUAAGGAUCGCAGACGGAAGCAGUCUCGUCCCGAGCGCAGCCCCGACCCGCAGGACCCCGGCGUGCAGGGCGUGACCUUCAGCAUGGCCCCGCAGCUGGACGCCGGUCAGAGCCGACUGAUCAUCACCUCCAACUACAGUGAGGAGAUCCGGCACUGGAGGAGAAGCAGGAGCAGCCGGUGCCGGACUCAGAGGAGCAGCAGCUCAGAGGAGGAGAGUGACCCCUGCGCUCUGUCCCGGAGUAAGAUGUGUGCGUCCUGCCGCACGAGGAAGACUCCUCUCUGGAGAGACGCUGAGGACGGGACGCCGCUCUGUAACGCCUGUGGCAUCAGGUAUAAGAAGUACCGCGUGCGCUGUCAGCAGUGCUGGAACAUCCCCAAGAAGGACGCGAACACAAACUCCACGUGUCUGAAGUGCGGUGACGUCCUGAAGCUGAAGCGCAGCAGCUGGUAGGACACUCAUAACCGGCUGAAGCGCUCCGAGCGGAGUCUCUGCUGAGAGUCUGUGGAUGAGAUUCUCUGGGUUCGUUAUUGUGAAGCCAUCUGUUCGGUUCAGUGCUGUAUAUGAUAUUUGACUCUUCACUUAUUUAAUUUACACAUUCUUCUUGUUUUGUGUCAACAUAUUUAUUGCUGAAUAUAUUUAUUGAUUUGUCACAGUCUCUCUGAUUUGUGUUUCCACCGG